AUGUAUCGAAGUCAAAAGAAGUGCACGCACGCACGCACGCAGAAGGUGUUGUUUUGUUGCACAGAUGAACAGCCUUCGCUUGUGGCGCUGAGCAGAGCAGGAGAGCCACCUUCAACCUUCGCGGCCAACUACAUACACGGCGCUAGUGUCGACGUAGAGCACAAAUUUGUUCCUGCAGCGGAGAGCGGAAGGCUUGCAGAUAUCACCCUCCCGAAGAAAGACUGCAAAGUCGGUGAAGUCGCCGACACGAAAUACCUUUCCCGUUUCAACAACCCCAAAUCUGCUUACAAAAUUGCACAAGCACAAGCAUAG